AUGCCUUCCCCUGUGACAGAAUGCGCCACUAUAACUCUCAAACCGGGCAUCGACCUCGGAACCAGUGGUACGGACUCAGCCCAAGCCUGGAAUGAAACGCUUGCUACUGUAGCCAAGCAAGCCGGGUACCAGCGCUCGUACUGGGGCCGUCAAUUAGAGAACCCGAAUAUUGUUGUUUGGCUCAUUGACUGGGAAUCCCUCGCCGCGCACCAGACCUUCAUGGCCUCCCCAUCCUACCAACCUUUCGCUGCCCGCUUGCUGCCUCUGACAGAAAACGUACAUCUGCAUCAUUUCACGCCCUCCGUGUUCCCUCCGGGGAUUAUCGCGAGUGCGCCGGUGAUUGAGUUUGCGACGUUCUAUGAUACGAAGCCGGUGUUUGUGGGGAAUGUGAGGAAGUUUGAGGGGGUGCUGGAUCAGGCUAAGGCGAAAGGGGAUGUGGAUGUGGAUGAGUAUUUGGGUGGGGUUUGGGGGGAAGACGUCAGAAGUAGAAGGAGUGAAGAGAAAGAAGGACUAAGUGCUGACUUACUCCCACCAGUAAUUGAAGAUAUAGCAAAAAACGGCGCAUCAGAAGGCAAAGGAAGGGCAAUCCGGUUAUGUCUAGGCUGGACGAGUAAAGAAGCGCAUAUGAAGUUCCGGGAAACGCAGUUAUUCAAAGAUAACAUUGCGCUUCUGCGGGAGGGCGUUGGGAGUGCGGAGGUGCACCAUGUGGCUUUUAAGACUGUUUGA